UUCCUUCUGCGGAAGUGACGUAAGCCCGUCAAAAGGGACGGGAAGAAGCCGAGAGAAGAAGGCAGCGGGUGAGGCGGAGGGAGGCCGGAGAGGGGGACCUGUCCCUCGGCUGGGUUUGGUCCAGGAAGCAAAGCGGCGGAGAAGAGCAGGAGCAAAAUGAGUGUGAAGUCAGAACGCCGAGGGAUCCAUGUUGAUCAGUCAGAACUGCUUUGCAAGAAAGGAUGUGGUUACUAUGGUAACGUAGCUUGGCAGGGCUACUGCUCCAAAUGCUGGAGAGAAGAGUACCAAAAAGCCAGGCAGAAGCAAAUCCAGGAAGAUUGGGAGCUUGCUGAGAGACUACAGCGUGAGGAAGAAGAGGCCUAUGCUAAUACUCAGCACACUCAUGGGGCUCAGUCACUUACUUUCACAAAAUUUGAGGAAAAAAAAACAAGCGAGAAGCUGCGGAAAGUGGCAACAGUGAAGAAAUUCUUCGGAGCAUCUUCGCGUCCUGGAACUAAGAAGGCGCUGGUUAGCAAACUGAAAGAAGUUCCAGAAGCCAAAGCGCCUAGUCCUUCUAUCAGUAGGCAGGUCAGCAUCGAAACCGAUAGAGUGUCCAAGGACUUCAUUGAAUUUCUUAAGACCUACAAUAAGGCUGGCCAGGAGAUCUACAAGCAGUGCAAACUGUUUCUGGACACGAUGCAUCGCAAACGGGAGUUGAGUGUUGAGGAACAGUCUGAAUAUGCUCAGAGCCUCUAUCAGAAUGUGGCAGAUAAACUACAGACUCGCUGGAAAGUGCCUCCAGAAAAAGUGGAAAAAGUGAUGGAUCAAGUGGAGAAAUACAUAAUGACCCGCUUGUAUAAAUAUGUUUUCUGCCCGGAAACCACAGAGGAUGAGAAGAAAGAUCUGGCUGUCCAGAGAAGAAUCAGAGCUUUGCACUGGGUUACUCCACAAAUGCUUUGUGUUCCUGUCAAUGAAGAAAUCCCUGAAGUCUCAGAUGUAGUUGUGAAAGCUAUCACAGACAUAAUUGAAAUGGACUCGAAGCGUGUCCCCCGGGACAAGUUGGCCUGCAUCACUAGCUGCAGCAAGCACAUCUUUAAUGCCAUCAGGACCACAAAGGCUGAGCCAGCUUCAGCUGAUGACUUUUUGCCCACUCUCAUCUAUAUUGUCCUGAAGGGCAACCCACCCCGUCUGCAGUCCAACAUUCAGUACAUUACUCGGUUCUGCAAUCCAAGCAGGCUGAUGACCGGGGAGGAUGGCUAUUACUUUACAAACCUGUGUUGCGCUGUUGCCUUCAUAGAGAAGUUGGAUGCUCAGUCCUUAAACCUGAGCCAGGAAGACUUUGACCGCUAUAUGUCUGGGCAGACCUCUCCAAAGAAGCAAGAACCCGAGAACUGGCCAGCCAACGUAUGUGUGGGGAUGCGCCAAAUGUACAGGAACCUUGGCCUCCUCUCACAACUGAAUGAGAGGCAGGAGAGGAUUGUCAGUGAGGCCAAAAAGCUCGAGAGGGACCUUAUUGAUUGGACUGACGGGAUCACCAAGGAAGUCCAGGAGAUUGUGGAGAAGUACCCUUUGGAGAUUAAAGCCCCAAACCCAGCCUUGGCGGCCAUUGACUCUGAAAAUGUUGAAAAUGACAAACUGCCCCCUCCACUGCAACCUCAGGUUUAUGCUGGAUGAGAAUGGCUUCAGGACUCAGAUAUUCCUUCCUUCUGUUUUUUCCUGCUUGGCAGAUGGGCUAAGGGGGGGAGAAAAAUGAAACAAAUUUAAAAUUGGCACAUUUUAAAGGUACUUUUUGUUGGUAGAUGUGUUCCAUGAUAUUUAUUUUAGUCAGAGUUGGUUACUAUGAGGGCUGAAUUUUUAUGUGUUCCUGAAAUGAAUUUACCUUUCCUUUUUACAGAAAUUCAAUAUGAUUUUUAAGGAAUGCUUUGGGGAUUGUUUUCUUCGAAGCAUGCACAAGUUUUAAAAUCAACUGGUGGUUGGUUGUGCUAUCUUCACUCCCUAAACAGAGUUGCUUAUCACACUUUGCCAAGAAUGCUGAGUUUGAGAAAGAAGUGUAAAGGGUUCUUAAACUUUGUUUUCAGAAACAGAUGUGUUGUAAAGUAAAUAUUUAAGAUUGUAAAUAGGUUUGAACAUUGAGCAAUGUCUUAAUAGCAUGACAUUUAGCAAAGAAUGGAAACUGGGUUUUUUAAUUCCUUCACUCGUUUUUGGUUUAUAGUUUUGAUCUAGAAUAGGAUACAUCAAGGAAACACUACAUUGUAGUAAAUAACAUAUUUGGACAUAGUUCUAACAUGACUAAAGUCAUUUCCUAAUAUUUAUAAUUUCUUAUCUGAAUUUUCAGCCUGGAAUAGCGCCCUUUUUGCGGUGCUGGUCUCUAGCAAUUGCACUGUUAGACCUUGAUAGAGAUUAGAGCAGAAUUGGAUGGUACCUGUGGGUGUAUGUAUGAAGUGCUGGAGCCAGUUUGAAUUGCUGUAAAGAUCACAUGAUACAAGAUGAUUCUGGCUGUCAAAGUGCUUUAGUGUUUUUUAAAAAAUCAUUUGCUUCGUAGACUUGUGCAUAGCCUUCCAAGAAAUGAUUAGUACGGCAUGAGACUGUCUUGUGCUGGAAAAAAAAAUCAAAAGAAUGAGGUAUACAAAAGAAAGUUUGAUUGCUUUCCUGAAUCACAUUUUUUAAAUGGAUUCAUCCAUGGAAUUAUAAAUGGUCAAAAAUAUGACCAUUCAGAAAACAGAAAUAUGGACAAUCCUAAAGGCAGUAAACUGGCUUAUGCAAUUUUGUGGACUACAUACAUUUUUUAUAUGAAUUUGAACAAACUAGGAAUCUGUAUUAUUAUAUUGCUGAAGUACAGCUUCCAGGAUUUGUCUUGAUUGCUAUGAUGGCUGGAAUAGCUGUCUCCUUCAAGAGGGACCCAUUGCUUUCCCAACUCUUUCAGUGCUGUGCUGAAGAUGAAGCCCAUUGGUGAUAUCUCCACAGUCCCUCUCUCCCUUCCCUAACUCAUCAACAUAUCACUGUGAAUGGCUGCCUUUUCUUCCCCUCCAACCUUUUCAGUAUUCUUAGUAUUGUGAUGAUCCAGCCAGUCAGAAUCUUCUCUCUUUGGCCAAAGACCUAGCAUGGCUGUGUGGAUGCAAGAAUUUGCCAAACUGGAUGAACUAGUUAGCCUUCCCCAGCAUGUUAAGACUAUAGUAGUUUUUUUCCUGAGCAAGAUACACAUGUUGGAAUGAUAGACUGUAGUCCAGGAGAUUUGGGGGUGGGGGGGACCAAGUUAGGGAAUGCUGAAUUUGUUGAUGGGUGAUGCUUUUUUAACUUUUAACUUUACAAAUUAAGGUAAAGCUCCACUUUAACUUGGCAGAGCUGGGAUUCUUUGAAAGGCCAGGUUGAGUUAUGUGAAACUAUAUUAAGCAUUUCCCUGAAGGAUAUAGUUUAAAUGCAGUCCCGUUCCCCCCCCCCCCCCCACUCCCAAUUUGCUAAAGUCAUCCUAAAUAUCUGGGACUUGUGUGUGCAUUCAACAUCUUUGAUAUCCUGAUUAUCACUAAGUCUCAAACAAACUUCAUAAUUCAAGAGAAAGAAAAAAAAAACCCUUCUUUGCAAUGUUAUCUGUUUUUAAUAUUAGAACACUUUUAAAAUAUCAACUCUUUUUCUUAAGGUCUUCUCAAUUCUUUGAGUCUUGUUUUGUACUUCUGGGAAACAUGGGAUUCCAAAGUGUUCCAUUCCAAACCGUGUUUUUGGGCAACAUAUGAAAAAGCCAUCUUUAUCACAUUUUAGCUGUACAGGUAUUUAUCUGUUUUUGCAAUAAGGUCAGACCAAGACUGUGACCUGUUUUGUGUAUACCUGCUUUAAAAAGCAUAUCAGCUUUCAGUUUGCAACUCAGCUAAUGUCUGAGUUUCUUAAAAGGCUAAAUAUUUAUAUUCUUUUCCCUUCCUCAAUUAAAUUUGUGGAAGUGAAGUAAACAAGCUGUUCCUUUGGCUGCAGAAAGUCCACGUUGAUCAGUUUUUUCAAUUUUCAGAGCUUUGUUUCUUGGCCUCGUUGUUUUGACACUCUAGGUGCUAAUUCAGAUUUUCCAGGUAUAUAUUUCACUCCAAAAAGGCAUCAUUAUAGCUACCACUGUUAAAUUGCUGUCAACAGAAAUAAACCAUGUACAACAUAA